AUGGCAGCACAGAAACUCCCCGCCGAUUUCCUCUGGGGAAUGGCGACCGCCUCCUACCAGAUAGAGGGCUCGCCAGAUGCAGAUGGGCGUGGACCGUCCAUCUGGGACACGUUCUCGCACCUCCCUGGCAAGACCGCUGACGGUCUGACCGGCGACGUCGCGACCGAUUCGUACCGCCGCAGGGAUGAGGAUGUUGCACUUCUCAAGCAGUACGGCGUUAAGAGCUACCGUUUCAGUAUCUCGUGGUCCCGAAUCAUUCCCCUCGGCGGGAGGAACGAUCCCAUCAACGAGAAGGGCAUCCGGUGGUACAGCAAGCUAAUCGAUGAGCUCCUGGAGGCUGACAUAACCCCUUUUGUCACGCUGUACCACUGGGAUUUGCCCCAAGGGUUACACGACCGCUACGGUGGUUGGCUCAAUAAAGCAGAGAUUAUUGCGGACUUUGUCAACUAUGCCCGCGUCUGUUUUGACGCGUUUGGUGAUCGAGUGAAGCAUUGGUUAACAUUUAAUGAGCCCUGGUGUAUCGCUAUUCUUGGUUAUGGCCGCGGUGUCUUUGCUCCCGGACGCUCAUCUGACCGCUCGCGCAGCUCGGAGGGUGACUCAAAGACCGAACCAUGGAUAGUCGGGCACAAUGUGAUUCUCGCGCACGCUUCUGCGGCCGCUUUGUAUAGAACAGAAUACAAACAAAGGCAGGGUGGCGUAAUUGGGGUCACACUUAAUGGUGAUAUGGCCCUUCCCUGGGAUGACACCGACGAAUGCAGAGAGGCGGCGCAGCAUGCGCUCGAUUUUUCCAUUGGGUGGUUCGCAGACCCAAUCUAUCUAGGCCAUUACCCCACCUACCAGCGGGCCCUUCUUGGCGAUCGCCUGCCCACUUUUACACCAGAGGAAAUCGCGCUCGUCCACGGCUCAAGUGAUUUCUAUGGGAUGAAUACCUAUACGACUAAUCUGUGCAAACCGGGCGGGGACGACGAGUUCCAGGGCAAUGUGCAAUAUACCUUCACCCGUCCCGACGGGACCCAGCUCGGGACACAAGCGCACUGUCGGUGGUUGCAGACAUAUCCGGAGGGUUUCAGGCUACUGUUGAACUACCUAUGGAACAGAUAUAACAUGCCAAUUUAUGUAACAGAGAACGGAUUCGCAGUCAAAAACGAGAGCUCGAUGCCGCUAGAGCAGGCCCUCAAGGACACCGAUCGCGUCGAAUACUUCCAGGGCAAUUGUGAAGCGCUGCUCAAAGCGACUCACGAGGACGGCGUGCAGAUACGCGCGUAUUUCCCGUGGAGUUUCUUGGAUAAUUUUGAAUGGGCCGACGGCUACCAGACUCGGUUCGGUGUCACCUACGUCGACUAUGCGACGCAGAAGCGGUAUCCAAAGGAGUCAGCGUGGUUCUUGUCCAAGUGGUUCAAGGAGCACAUUGACUCUCAGGAGCCCACCAAAUGUUCUGGUGAGCAGGUCCACAGCAUGCCUCGUGCUAAUGGCGCGACCGCCAACGGCCGUCUAUGA